GGCCGCCGGUUUACCCGGUGGGGCCGAUGAUAAAGGCUAGUUCUGCUGGCGGGUCUUCCCCAUGCUUGAACUGGCUUGACGAGCAGCCGCAGGGGUCGGUUCUUUUCGUGUCUUUUGGAAGCGGAGGGACUCUAACAAGGAAGCAGCUUGGGGAGCUUGCAAUGGGGCUUGAAGCCAGCAAGCAAAGAUUCCUGCUUGUCGUGCGAAGCCCCUGCGAUGUGGAUUCUUCGUCCACUUACUUUACCGCGCACACGAAAGAAAACCCUCUGUUUUACUUACCCGAGGGGUUUUUGGAACGCACGCAAGGCGUUGGAUUUGUUGUGCCAUCAUGGGCGCCGCAGAUUGAGGUUCUCGCGCACCCUGCAACGGGUGGGUUUUUAUCGCACUGUGGAUGGAACUCGACGCUGGAGAGCGUGACGCACGGCGUGCCCAUGAUUGCUUGGCCAUUGUUCGCUGAACAGUCAAUGAAUGCUGUGAUGUUAGUUGAGGGAGUGAAAAUUGCUAUUAGGCCGAAUAAAGGGGAGGAUGAGUUGAUUCAUAGGGAGGAGAUUGCGAGGGUGGUGAAGGAGUUGAUGGAAGGGGAGGAGGGAAAGGGUUUAAGGAAUAGGGUGAAGGAAUUGAAGGAGGAGGUGGCGGUGGCUUUGGGAGAAGGAGGGUCGUCUUAUAAGGCGCUUGAUGAAGUGGCCAAAAGGUGGAAGAGCCGUGAAGCGUAGAGAUGUUUUGUUGUUAAAUCUGCUUUUAUAUUAUUUACAGAGGUAUGUUGUAAUAAGGUUUUCGUGGGAGGGAGAUGAUGUUGCGGAUGUGUGGAGAUCGGUCUUUAUUAAAAAUCAUUAUUUAUGCUCAUCUGUUGCUUGCUCUGUUUCGAUUGUUUGAAAUUGUAUGAAAAAUGAAGAACUGUGAUGGAUCCCGAGCCUCUCCGGUUUUUAAAAUAAACGCGCAUCUUGUGAGUGGCGGUGGCUCUGGGCCGGGAAGUUGUUGGGGGUAAUGCUGGCAGCUCAUCCACAAUUCCUGACAAAUAG